GAGUGAGGAAAAUCCCCACUGGGGUCAUUUGGAAAGUUUCUCCUGCUCCAGAGCUUUACUGAAAAAGGAGCCAUUCACAAGUGUGAGACGGGCAAGCGGAAUCAACAUCGAGGAGGUGCCAGGUAGAAAGGCAGAGCACGUGCCAGCUUAGGAUGUCUACAAAACACGGAGAAGCCUCCCAAACAGGGGCGGCCAAAGUGGAGGUGGGCUCAGAGGUCAUGGCUGUGAGAAGUAACAGGGUGGUGCUGGAUAAUACCAUCUGCCCAGCUGAAAUCAUCAUCUGCAAUGGCAAGAUAGCUGACAUUCUGCCCAAGAGGAGCUGGGCUUGUGCCAGCGGAGAGAAGGUGCUGGACGUCGGUGAUCUGGUGGUGAUGCCCGGGAUCAUAGACCCUCACGUCCACACAUGUGAGCCAGGGCACACAACCUGGGAGGGUUACUCUUCUACAACCAAGGCUGCUGCUGCAGGAGGCGUCACAACCCUGGUGGCGAUGCCGCUGAGCUGUCUCCCCCCAACCACAACUCUGGCAAACUUUGAUGACAAGAUGCAGUCUGCCGAAGGGCAGUGCUAUGUGGAUGUAGCCUUCUGGGGUGGAGUCAUCCCUGGAAACCAGGAUGAGCUCCUGCCCAUGCUGCAGGCUGGAGUCCCAGGCUUUAAGUGCUCCCUGAUUGCAAGUGGAGUGGAGGAAUUCCCCCACGUCAGCCUCCAAGAUCUGCACAUGGCAAUGAAUGAGCUGCAAGGCACAGACUGUGUCCUCUUGUUCCACGCAGAGCAAGAGCUGGGCCAGUGGAAGCCGGCACUAGAGGACCCCACAGAGUACAGGGCACUCCUGGACUCCCGCCCCGAUGCAAUGGAAGUGGAGGCCGUCCAGACCAUCGCUAAUCUCUGCCUCCAGUACAAGGUGCCCUGUCACAUCCUCCAUCUCUCCUCUGCUCAAGCCCUGCCCAUCAUCAGAGAAGCUCGCCAGAAAGGGGCACCACUCACUGUAGAGACUGCCCACCACUACCUCACCCUGACAUCUGAACGCAUUCCACCUGGGGGCACCUACUACAAGUGCUGUCCUCCUAUCAGGGCCAAAACCAAUCAGGAGCAGCUGUGGAGUGCUCUGCAAGAGGGGCUGAUCGAUAUGGUGGUGUCAGCCCAUAACCCCGGCUCACCAGACCUCAAAAUCUUGGAUGAUGGAGACUUUUUCAAGGCCCGGGGAGGCAUUGCCUCACUGCAGUUUGGGCUUCCUCUGUUCUGGACCUCAGCAAAAUCCAAGGGAUUCUCCCUUCAUGACAUGGUGCAACUGAUGUGCAAAAAUCCUGCCAGCCUGAGCCGACUGGAUGACCACAAGGGGACGCUGUGCACAGGGAUGGAUGCUGACUUGGUGAUCUGGGAUCCAGACAAGGAGUUUGAGGUGAAGAAAAACAUGAUUCAACAUAAAAACCAGCUGACCCCGUACCUUGGCUUCCAGCUUCGUGGAGAGGUUCUUGCCACUCUCGUGCAUGGCAGGUUGGUUUAUCUGAAAGGAAAGUUCUCACCCAAGCCGGAAGGAGUCCUGCUUGUAACUCAGAGAAAGAUGUCCACAAGAGUUUCCUCCUCGCCCUACUACUGACUAAGAAUGGAGGAGAGAACGUGACCAUGAGACAAACCAAAUUAUUGAGAGCCCCAUGUGGACCAGGAAAGAGAAGAGAAGAAUGUGGGGUGGGGGGAGGGAAACAGUCAUGGAAGCAGAGGGCAUGGCCCAUUCCCUAGUUCACUUCCAUAAACCCAUGGUUGCAGGAAAAAGGGUUUGUGGGUGGCUGUAGAGACACUGCCUGAUCUUUCACUCAGCUGCUGGAGGAGGUCUCCAAGAGGAGGAGAGAAGUGAGACCAAAGGCGGUGAAUGGAGAGCAAAAAAUUCCUCUCCUCAUUGCCUACCGCUGAGCCCCACACAUCCAAUUUACAACCCUAAUGGGCAAUCAUUUUGAGGGGAGUUUCAGAGGAGCCUAAGGGGCUUAGGCACCCAGCUCCCCUUCCCUUUCAAUUGGCUUUGGGUGCCUAAUUCCCACAGGCUCCUGUGCAAAUCCCAGCCUUGAUGUUGCAAUGACCUAUGAUAGCAAUGGACUGGACUAUGCUGUGUAUGUUAGAGUGACAAUCUUUCCCCUUUUGUGCAAUGGAGAGCUUUGCAGGACCACUGGAGUCCACCCCAAAGGCAGAACUGUAAGCCAGCAAACCAGAACCUGAGGCAAUACUUCUGGCCAAGCUAUGGAACAUUGGAAUUGUAUACGAAAGCUUUUAUUAAAGCAGCAUGCCAACCUGUGGGUGUGUGAAGAGGAGUAUUCAGUAGGUGUUGGAAUGCUUAGCUUUGGGCCAGAGCCAACAGCUGUGCCAAUAGAAUGUAAUUAGCCCCUUUAGUCGUAUACGGGGGAAUCUAACUCUGCUGGGUGUUGCUAGAGGGUAAUGGCAGAAGGAGAUCCAAUGGCUGGAAGCUGAACUCAGCAAAGUUCAUAGAGGAAAUAAAGAGAAAAAUGCUUA